UCUAUUUGCAAUAAAAUACCGAUAAAAAAACAGCAUGGCAUACAUUUAAUUCGACUGCUCAACUGCACGGGAGCGAGGGACGCGUCUAGCUAGCUAGGCUACGUGUGAGAUGCGAUCUAUUAUGUUAUGUAUGCUACUUCAUUUUGUUUGUAAUGCAUGCUACGUUGCCGAUCUGGUAAAUAGUCACACAUUCUGCUGAUAUUUAAAAGGAAACACGGGACCAAUAAGACAAUAUAGGCCGACGCGUCAUUUAGUUAAUUAAGAUACAUAGCAUUGGCGUCUUAAUAAAGGCACCUUUCCGCAACGUUAGUUGUUUUCUUCCAGAAACCCAGCUAGCUAACGUUGGCUAAUUAUAAACGGCCAGUCGAGACAACAGCUUCCGUCCCAGACCCGUGCUUACAAAGCAGUAAAGUACACUGCAACGUUUCUCGUCCUGUGUUAUUUGACGUGGCUCAAACAGUAUAUCAUAGAGUGGUGUAUAAAGAUAUGAACCUGUUCCGUGACAUUGUUUAUUGUGAAUUGAAUCAUGUUUCAUUAUUCUCAAAUAAACUUCCCUCUGGUCGUUCUUCCCAGAAGCAGCGUUACGUUUUGCACAGAUUUCCGUGGAGAUUUCGUUUCCCCCCUCAGUACCAUGAACAACCAAAAAACCCUGUCAAUGCAAUUUUUUGUUUGUGUAACCGUACUUGAAACACUCCAUUGCUGGAGGUUGUAUGUACAUUUUGGCCUCCCUGGGGUCGGCAAUAUUUUCGUCGUAUUUGUGAUUAUUAAGAGAAGGACGGCCUAGCUGGGGGAGGCGCCUCGGGCUGCGACGUCAAAAGCAUCUGAUUUGGUGACAGCGAAAUGGGCGUGCAUGUCUUCUACAAAAAAGUAAAGUACUAGGCAGUCGUCACAGAAGGAAAGAAAACGAUGCACGUUAGUUACUGGAGUACCCACAUAGUAUUCGGAGGACCACAGUCCAGUCCCUCUUACGCCUAGUUUUUAAAUUAUUAGUAAAGCCCGCGUCGCAGGCUCACGAUUGCAUUCGGUACAAAUUAAUCGCUGUCAUAUUCUGAUGUUCCGCAAAGACAGCAUUUAUUUUUUAGAACCACGCGUAUUAAAAUCGACAUUGUUGUAUGGAAUACACUAGCACUUUUAAACAGGAUGACAUGAGAAAGAAAAAAUAUAUAUUCGUUUGGUGGCUGGGAUAAUUCUGAUGGACGCAUACCAUUGAUGCCGGCUUUUAAAUUGUCCCGGGUUUCGUAAAUGGUUGCCUGUCGUAGGAUGCUGCUGGGGCUCGCCUUUCAGUGCGCACGCGACAUUAUGUAACGGGAAUCGCAGUCGUUUUCAAACCUGCAUUUACUUGGAGCUGAUACUGAAUCUAUCAUCAUCCUUAACGUUUCUCUUCCAAAGCUGCUUCCUCUGUUCUAUUUGCUGAUGCCCACAGCUGCAGAUUGCCUGUAUGGGCGGAUCAUGAGGUGUUUGACUUUUUUCCUUCUGCUUCCAGAAAACUUGAAAAAGGCUAAAAAGAGUGGGAGACACUCCGGCAAGCUGCCAGUAUGUUAUGAGAUCGUGACUUUAGCCUUGGAGAAGAAAAUGGCCGCAGAACUAUACCCUGUCAGUACACAGACUAAUAUCCCGAAUAGCAACGGUAUUGUAGUGACGGCUGCCAGCAAGAAGAGCAUCGUCCAAGUCACCCAGACGAUAACCACUGUUACUGCCGCCACGACUCAACAGAAUAUCAAAAACAACAACGUCGAGACUACUAGCUGGCAGACUUCUCACCCAACACUGCGAGAGAGGAAUGCUUUAAUGUUUAACAACGAACUCAUGGCCGAUGUUCAUUUUAUUGUGGGUCCUCCAGGCGAAUCACAAAAAGUACCUGCCCACAAGUAUGUUUUGGCGGUUGGCAGUUCUGUUUUUGGUGCAAUGUUUUAUGGAGACCUUGCAGAGGGAGAGUCAGAAAUUCACAUCCCGGAUGUGGAGCCUGCUGCUUUUUUAAUUCUGCUAAAAUACAUGUACAGCGAUGAGAUAGAACUGGAAGCAGACACAGUGUUGGCCACUUUGUACGCCGCCAAGAAGUACAUUGUACCGGCCCUGGCAAAGGCGUGCGUUAACUUCCUGGAGACGAGCCUGGAGGCGAAGAACGCCUGCGUGCUGCUGUCCCAGAGCCGGCUGUUCGAGGAACCCGAGCUCACCCAGCGCUGCUGGGAGGUGAUCGACGCCCAGGCGGAGCUGGCCCUGCUGUCCGAGGGCUUCUGCGAGAUCGACCGGCCCACGCUCGAGAUCAUCCUGACGCGGGAGACCCUCAACAUCAAGGAGGCGGUGGUGUUCGAGGCCGUGCUCAGCUGGGCGGUGGCCGAGUGCAAGAGGAGGGGCCUGGCGCCCUCCUCCCGGAACAAGAGGAGCGUGCUGGGCAAGGCGCUCUACCUGGUCCGCGUCCCCUCCAUGACGCUGCAGGAGUUCGCCGACGGGGCGGCCCAGUCGGACAUCCUGACGCUGGAGGAGACGCACAAGAUCUUCCUGUGGUACACGGCGGCCAACAAGCCGGACCUGGGCUUCCCGCUGGGCCGGCGGAAGGGCCUGUCGCCGCAGCGCUGCCACCGGUUCCAGUCCUCGGCCUACCGCAGCAACCAGUGGCGGUACCGGGGCCGCUGCGACAGCAUCCAGUUCGCGGUGGACCGGCGCAUCUUCAUCGCCGGGCUGGGCCUGUACGGGUCGAGCGGCGGGAAGGCGGAAUACAGUGUCUGCAUUGAGCUCAAGCGGCAGGGGGCCGUCCUUGCGCAGAACCUGACCAAGUUCGUCUCGGACGGGUCCAGCAGCACCUUCUCGGUGUGGUUCGAGCACCCGGUCCAGGUGGAGCAGGACACUUUCUACACCGUCAGCGCCGUCCUGGACGGGAACGAGCUCAGCUACUUUGGGCAGGAGGGCAUGACGGAGGUGCAGUGCGGGAAGGUGACCUUUCAGUUCCAGUGCUCCUCGGACAGCACCAACGGGACCGGGGUGCAGGGGGGACAGAUCCCCGAACUGGUCUUCUACGCGUGAGAUUGCACGCGGGGCAUUUUGAGCGCACCCCCGUCACUGCUGUCAUGGAAACUUGGGAAAAAAAAACCCAAACAAGACGCUGUCUUCUUAGCAGUGAGGAGGCUACGUAAAACACUCAAAAUGCCUGCUAAAUGUUUGACAGACUUGACGCGAAGGAAUGCUUUACCGCUGUAUUUAUUUGAAAAUAAACUAAUCUGAGUUAAUUACCGAGGCAACAGCAUGCCACCCCGUGUAAAAAUGAAAAGGCUGUACUGCACUUCCUGCGGGUAACGCCCAUUACUGCUUUGUGAUCUGUACAUAUGUGAUGACGGUUCCUUUUCGGCCUGAGGCCGGUGGACAGAUUUGGUGUUCUGUGUUUGGGGGGGCAGCUCGCCAACCCGCAAACCAUAAAAAAAGGUUUUUAUGUGA